AUGAACUCUGUGAUGGGGUCGACGAUGGCGUUGCCGAAACUGGACAUCGACGAGCUCAUCGUCAAGGUUCUUUCUGUUGGAAAACCAGCCAAGAGCCUGACGCAAACCGUCAAGGAGAACGACUUGAUCAAUAUGUGUGUACUUGCAAAGUGAGCGCCUUCAUUUGUGAUUGGAGAUUCUUUGUGUUUAACCAGGAAUACUAGGUUCCUACUUUUCGAACGUUCUUUUUUGUAUCAAAUUCAGUCUUAAAUAUUUGUUAGGUCUGGUCAGAGAAAUAAACAAAACAGACGCUAUCCAAUCGCUUGAAAUGUUUUUUUAAACCUGAGGAGGAAGCUCAAAAAUGAACGGAAGGCUCUUUUUUCAGAUCUGUUUUCCUAUCUCAACCGUCGUUGGUGGAGGUCGAACCGCCUAUUAAAGUGUGCGGCGACACUCAUGGACAGUACUCCGGUGUUUCUUUCGUAUUUUCUCAGUUAAUUUCAAUGUUUGAGACGUUUUGAGACUACUAUCUCACGGCGGGUUCCCGCCCAGGUCGAAUUACUUAUUUCUUGGCGAUUACGUCGACCGCGGUCAUCAAAAUCUCGAAGUCAUUUCCUUAUUCUUUUGCUAUAAGGUAAGAAAUUCAGAUUUGUUUUGUAGUGAGCCAACGAGGAAUGAGAGUUUUUGUUGGUUUUCCCUAUACUAUAGAAUAUUAUAAUAAUAAAGCCCGAAAGGUUCUUUCUAACAGGCCGCCCAGAUAUUUCUGUGAGACUAACUUGCAGAUAAAAUACCCUGAAAAUUUCUUCCUACUGCGAGGGAACCACGAAUGUCCGGCCAUCAACCGAGUCUACGGCUUCUUCGAGGAGUGCAACCGCCGCUACUCCAGCACAAGGCUUUGGAUGUCCUUCCAGGUUGGUUCGGAGGGAAUUUCAAAGUUGACGGCUUCAGGAAACUUUCUCGUUUCAGGAAACUUUUUCGUCGAUGCCAUUCACCGGACUCGUUGGCCAGAAGAUUCUUUGCAUGCAUGGAGGCCUAUCCCCAAAGGUCAGAGACUCUCUAAUGAUUCUACUUUCGGGUUGCAGCUGACCAACUUGAAAGCUUUGCGGGAGCUGUCUCGUCCAAUGGAUCCGCCUAAUCCUUCUUUACACAUUGACCUUCUUUGGAGUGAUCCAGACCCCACUGCAAAGGUGAAGUUCAUCAUUGAGAUAGACUCCCUAAACAAAAACUAACCGACUUGUUUCAAGGGGUGGCAGUCGAAUUGUCGUGGAGUUUCGUACGUUUUUGGACGUGAUGUCGUCAUUGAGAAACUGCAGGUUCUCGGCUUGGAACUUAUCGCUCGUGCCCAUCAGGUUAUUUCAAAAGUAAAGUUGGAACUAGGGUCUGAAGGUUCAGGUGGUACAAGACGGAUACGAGUUUUUCGCAGGACGCAAACUGGUCACUAUAUUUUCGGCACCUCAUUACUGCGGGCAGUUUGAUAACGCUGCGGCCAUCAUGAACGUCGAUGAAAACCUCGUUUGUUCUUUUCAUGUAAGUUUUCUUUCUCGCGUUAUCAUGAUUAUCUUUUUCGGAACCUUGUCGAUUUCAGACGCUCCGUCCAACGCUUCGGAACUCUAAAUCAAGCGCACAUAAAUAA